GAAUGGCUCGUACCAAGCAGACCGCUCGCAAGUCCACCGGCGGCAAGGCGCCCCGCAAGCAGCUCGCCACCAAGGCUGCUCGCAAGAGCGCGCCGGCCACCGGCGGCGUGAAGAAGCCCCACCGUUACCGGCCCGGCACCGUGGCUCUGCGCGAGAUCCGCCGCUACCAGAAGUCGACGGAGCUGCUGAUCCGCAAACUGCCGUUCCAGCGGCUGGUGCGCGAGAUCGCACAGGACUUCAAGACCGACCUGCGCUUCCAGAGCUCGGCGGUGAUGGCGCUGCAGGAGGCCUGUGAAGCUUAUCUCGUGGGUCUGUUCGAAGACACAAACCUUUCAGCCAUGUCUGGAAGAGGGAAAGGUGGAAAGGGUCUUGGCAAGGGCGGCGCCAAGCGCCACCGCAAGGUGCUGCGCGAUAACAUCCAGGGCAUCACCAAGCCCGCCAUCCGGCGCCUGGCCCGCCGCGGCGGAGUCAAGCGCAUCUCGGGGCUGAUCUACGAGGAGACCCGCGGCGUGCUGAAGGUGUUCCUGGAGAACGUGAUCCGCGACGCCGUCACCUACACGGAGCACGCCAAGCGCAAGACCGUCACCGCCAUGGACGUGGUCUACGCGCUCAAGCGCCAGGGCCGCACCCUCUACGGCUUCGGAGGCUAAAUACCACCUCAUUCCACCUACCUUGAAAAGGCCCUUU